AUGACACUCGUUGAAUCCCUCCAGAAUUUGAAGAACCUGGCCAGGAAGGUGGAGGUGAUGGAGUUGGGUGAAAUCUCUUAUACUGAGCUGGACUUUGAACUGCUGAAGUUAGAAAUAAGAGAGAUAGAAUCCUCAGCUACACAGCUCCAAGCUUCCUUCAAUGGACCUAGUGCUUUAAUGGAGACUCUCUUUGAAAAGGUGCGUGAAACAAUUCAAAAUAUAACUCAAAAUUUCAAGGAAACCAUAAAGCAUAGGUCUAUUUAAAAUGACCAACAUGUUGCAUAAUGUCCAACUUUAAUCAUUUCAUACCUUGCAGAUCCAAAACAUAUCCAUCAUGGUGAACCAACUGGAAUCAUAUGAUAAGAACAACGUUCUUGCAGUGAAACAAGAAAUUGCCUCCUUACGGAAAUGCUUGGAGGACUGUGAGAAGCACCAAGCUGUUCCACCUGUCCCCUACGGUAAGCACAAAAUUAUCACAAUGUCAGAGAGCUUUUUUAAAAACAUUUUAGCCUUUAGUUGAACAUAAAACCAUGCACCCAAAUAUUUACACAUACAUAUAUAAUCACCAGAUUUGGAGAUUCACUUCAGUCCAAACUGCUAUUCAUCUAAAUUUUGACUGAUCAGGUUGUGACAGACCGCCUGCCACCCCAACAGGGUGCUUCCGUCAAUUGAUGCUCCUAGUGCUCACCAAGUAUAUCCAGCCAUCCACCACACACCAUCAGCACUGCAGUCCUCCAUUCCAGCGUUACAGCUUGACUGGGGUCUCGCUGUCUUCCACCCACCCUGGACCUAAGACCAGGCUCCAGGUUCCCUCCCCUCUGCCUGAAGCGCUCACAGACUAGGUUUUUUGCCUUCUUUUGGAUCAACAGCAAAAACAUAUGUGAGGAAGGCUGAACUUGAUGGACGCAAGUCUCUUUUCGGCUAUGUAACUAUGAAUAAAGUACUGUUAGUAACUCAAUUAUCUCCAGGCAGAAAAAACGAAUUUUCCCCAAAGUACAGAAAACUCCCAAAACACAACAUAUCCCAGGAAGUCUCUUUUUGACCGGCCGCAAGCAUGGCUUUCAUACCCAAAAUAAUUCCAGGGAUUUAGGCUGUGCAGCCGGUCUAUUUCAUAUAGUUCAAAUCCAGUCAGAAUGGUCGAACGGAGCCAUUUGUGCGCACAGUCAGUGUGUACAGCUGGUUCGGUAGAUCCCUUCUCCCGAACAGCGCUAUGUUCGUGUGAGUUUAGCCGAAUAUAGAUGGAGGUGGAAGUCUCAGCUGUGUUUGUGCCAUCUAGUGUCCGAUUUGAGUUCCAUGAACUCGACAACCAAACACCACUGACCUUGUUCGACUAAACAAGAUGGCCACCGCCACGUGUUCGGCUAUACGAACAGCGACCACCUAGCUGUUCGUCAAUUCGCUAUGGUUAACCACAGCUCCUGGGUGGUCAACGAGCAGCACACUCCACUUGCGGCUGGUCUGGCUGUUCGACAGUUUGUUCGGUAAACCCCAUUUACUGGACGACAUAGGGAAAAGGCAUGAACAAGCCUGUCUAUAGCCCUGGAGCACAGUUUAACACAGGGGCCAUAGUCCUGGGUCAAGAGGCUGGCAAACAGGCUCCUCCAAAAACCAGUGGCGAGGUUACUUUCACCACACAGGUGAUCGGUCAAAUUUCUUGAACUCUGAGCUGAAAUGAACCGAAUCAUGAACCAACUAAGAUGCGCGAUGAUGUUGGUUUCAGUUCGUAAUUUUGGAUUCCACUUGUGCGGGGGGGGUGUAGGGGGGGGAGAUGCAAUUGAUGGGGAAUAAAAAGAUUAUUUAUAGCUAGAGGACAGUCAGGAAAUGCUGAUUUUAAGCCACAGAUCAAGUGAGAAGUGACAACAGAGAGAAAAAAAGAGAAGCAGUAAAAAUAGUUUAUUUUAAAGGACUACUAUAAGCACCCAGACCACUUUAGCUCAAUGAAGUGGUCUGCCAGGUCUCUCUAGUUUUAACCCUGCAGCUGAAAACAUAGCAGUUUCAAAGAAACUGCUAUGUUUCACUGUGGGUUAAUCCAGCCUCUAGUGGGUGUCUCACAGCCAAUAGAGGCACUUUCACGAUUCUCACUGUGAAAAUCACAGUGAGAAGACGCUGGACCAGUGGGGGCAAUUGCCGGCUAAUGCAGGUCUGACAUUGUCCAAGUGCCAGCCCUGCAAUGUGCUUGCAGACCGGGUAGGGAGAUCAGGUAUCUCCCUCCUGGUCCGCAGGCACUGUGCUGACAGCUAGCAGGGGAGGGAGUGAGAGAGGAGCUCAGCCUGCAGCUCCUCCGGGUCCUACUCUCGCGAGCAUGGAGUGUUGCCGUGGUUACCACAGCAACACUCCAAAUCUCGCGAGAGUGAACUCUAGCCCUGGAGCACAAACUGCACACCCAUACACACACUGCCCCCAUACACACACUGCACACCCAUACACACACUGCCCCCCAUACACACACUACAGACACUGCCCCCCAUACACACACUGCCCCAAACACACACACACAAAUCCACCCUCACAUACACACUGCACCGCUCAUACACACACACACUCUCCCACACAUACACUGCACGCUAACACACAUUGCAACCCUGACAUACACUGCCGCCCUCACGCACUCGCACACACACUUCACCGCUCACACACACACACUGCACCUUUCACACACACUUCACCCCUAACACACACCACUGCUCUUAUGCCCUAUAACCCAGCAGACCCCAGGUAAGUUGUCAAACUGUUGUUAAAUGGUAUGACUACUUGGGACUCUGGGAUGGGAUCCUGGCACUACUGACACCAUAACUACUACACUGAGCUGUAGUGGUUAUUGUGCCUGGAUUAUUUCUUUAAAUAAUCUACAAGUGCCCCUCCCGGGAUCAGGCUCUGGAUCCGCCAUUGCGCUGGACUUCCAUAGGAAAGCACUGAGUAGUGCUUUCCUAUGUGCGGUUUAAAUGCGCACAGCUCUGCCGCGCAAGUGCAUUCGGCGAUGACGUCCGCAGGGGUAGAGAGUUCCCCAGCACAGAGGGAGCCCAGUGCUGGAGAAAGGUAAGUGGCUGAUGGGGGUUCUAAACGAGUUUGUUUUCCUAGCACUAUAGUGCUCCUUUAAGUUUUUAAUAAAUUUAUAUAUAUAUAUAUUUUUCUCUUUUUUCCUUUGAUCGCUCACCUCCCAUUUGAUCUGUUAACCAAAUGGCAGAAAAUGCUUUUAUCAGUGUACUGCAAUAUAUCUAAAAUAUUAGUAGUAGUUCUCUCUCUCUCUCAAAAUUUAUUUUAUUUAUUAUUGUAACACAGUGAUUGGCCCAUUUUGUAACCCUUUUAUUUAUCUGAUAUCGGUUUCUGAAUCAAGUCUUCAGCACCAAAAUUCUGCUGCGCCAAAUCAAUAUAUGGUUGAAUUUACAUAAACACACACAACACGAACAUGAAUAGAUUUACCUAUCUUCUGGUUUAUUGACCUUUUCCCCACAGUUCUUCAUACUUCCCAACUCCGCCGUCCCACCUUGGUGGGGGGGUUUAAAGUGAUGUGAUUGCGUCACAAGCUCUGCCCCCAAAAUGUCGAACCAGCCCAAAAAAUCCAAAAAAUCCAUCUGAGAUUAUGGUAGAUAAACUAUGAGUGAAAUCACAUCAGAAUACAUGUCCAUCACACAGGUCAGCCCACUGAGGGCAGGACAUGUAGGGAGUACCGUUUCAAUGCUCCUGUCUGCAAGAUCCUCGUGCCCUGAAUGUAGGGCAAGCGAAUCUAAGAAAGCGCUCAUGCCAUGACUGUUGGGGAUAGUUCCCUUGUGUCCCCAAAAGCUGGACAUCAGUGGCCUAAGGUGGGACAGGACACGAAUAUCCAGACUGUCCAACCGAAAUUGGGAUUGUUGGGAGGCGUGGUACAUUCAUGUUGGUCUGUUUACAAAAACAUCUUAGAAGAGAAACCAAGUGUGAGAUAGCAGUUUGUGGCUACCAUAGAGAAUAAUCAGAGUCAUAAACCGCUACUUAGUAACUGUCUUUAGGCAGCAGCAGUUGUUAAUGCUCUGUCGCUACUGGUGAAAUCAAUAAACAGCUGUACUUACUAACAGUAGUGGUUAACACUUUAGCAAAUAGUCAAGCAAACUAUGACAACAGGUUCAGUCAAUUUUUUUAGAAGUAUAAUAUAUAUAAAUAUAUAGUUAACCACUUACUACGCUACCAGAAUAAAGUAUAAACCAAAAUUGGCCUUUUUAUUCAUUUAUCUUUUUAACUAUUUAACGUGGUGGCUCAAUAGUGAGUGCUGGCAGGGGCCACAUAAUUAAACCUUGCACCACCUAGAGUUUUUUAGCUACUUGCUCAUUGACUGUUAACAUAGAACAAAUUUAGGAUUCCCCGAACUAAAAUGAAUUCUGAAAAUCAAUUCGGCCAAAUCAAAUUUUUUUCAAGAUGCACAAAUCUAGUUAAUGCCACCAAGAACAAGUGAUGGGAAUUAAAAAUGUUUUAGUGCAAUAAGAGUGUCAAGCUAUAAUGUCCUCGUUUCCUAUUGUAUACCACCUUUCUAUCUACAGGAACUUGCAAACAUGGAGGAAUUCAAAACAUCAGCAAACCAUUUGGGGUACAGCUCAACUAUUUAGGAUUUGCCUAUAAGUUUGGCGGUUGGGGCAAGGAUUCAAUGUUAGGGGCCGAUCAGGAUAUCCACUGGGUGGCCCCUCUGACUACGGAUGGGAGAUCCAUGAAUAGUAUACACUUCUACCCUUCAUACGACGAUCUCCUGCUCUACAAAAAACCUACAGACAAGGUCCUCACUAAACCUAUAGCAUACAACAAUAUUGACUACUGCAGCAGUGGACAAGGUGGUGGUGUGAUCAUGUUUAAUGAAUCCAUGUACUACAACUGCAACAAUACUAGGGACCUCUGCAAGUUUAAUACAAACACAAACGCUGAGGAGUGUAAAACGCUCACAGAUGCCACAUUCAACAACCGGUUCUCUUAUGCCUCCAAUCAGUGGCAAAACAUUAACUUGGCUGCCGAUGAAGAUGGUCUUUGGGUGAUUUAUUCCACAGAGCAGAAUGGAAGAAAUAUAAUUAUCAGUAAACUGAAUUCAACCUCCAUGAUAGUAGAGAAGACUUGGACUACCUCCCAAAACAAGCUUGGAGUUACCAACACCUUCAUGGUAUGCAGUAUUCUAUAUGCAACACGGACUCUUAACACAAGAAGGGAAGAGAUCUUCUACAUGUAUGACACCAAGACAGGUACUGAAGGGAAGCUGAGUAUCCCCUUUGACAAGAUGAUGGAGAACAUUCAAAGUCUGUCCUACAACCCCAAUGACCACAAACUCUACAUGUUUAGUGAUGGCUACCUGGCCACUUAUGAUCUCAACUAUAAACCACUUCCAUAG